AUGAGAAGAUUAGUAGGAAAGGUAUUGAUGUAUAUAUGGCCUUUGGUAGUCGGUUCAUUCUUGCUUACUCCAGUAUCUCAAAUCACGGGUGAAAAUCCAAGAGAAAAUACUAGAGCAGUAUGGUCUAUUGUUGCCGUAUUGUGUAUUCCAUCAUUACUGGCCAUUUUUUACUAUACUCAGAGUAUCAUGAUCGAACGUAAAACCGGCGACACUAAAUUUAAUCAUCAUAAAGAUAACCUGAUACUCAUCUUGAUGCAAUUAGGUGGAAUCAUCUCGUAUACAUUCACCACAUACAGGUGCUUACACCCCGAAUCUAAGGUUCUCAGUAAAGACUUUUUAACAAUAAUCAAGAUUAUAGCUGUGCUAAGCAUUUUGAAAUAUAUGCUGUUUUUGAGCAAGCAUAACUGUUAUGCAUUUGUAGGUGUGUGUCGUGGAUUUAUUAUAGGAUGUUAUCUGCUACUCACUAUAGGUAUUUUCAGUAUGGUAGAUGGCUCUUCAAAAGUGAAGAUCCUCAGUGAUGCAAUAGACACUAUUGAGUCAUCUCAAUUAACCGUUAAGAAUAUUGAUCAGCUUCUGGGACAUGUUGGUGAGUUCCAGAAAAAUCAAGAACAAAUCCUGCAACACAUAGACACCGGCAAGAACAUUGCGCCUCCAGUCGCAUAA